AUGUGUAGUGAAGAAGAUUUAUUUUUCUAUGAAAAAAAUAUUGAUCGAGAACGUAUUAUUAUUAAUAAAAAUUCUUCUCUAUUAAACGAUUGUUUUUGUUCAAUUUGCUGGUGUCUUCUAUGGAAACCUUGUUCAUGUUCUUCAUGUCAAAAUUUAUUUUGUAAUGAAUGUAUUCAAACAUGGUUAAAUAUUUCAUCGUCAACAUGUCCUUUAUGUCGUUUAUCGUAUAACGAAAAAUCUCCACCAUUAUCUAUUCAUUCAAUUUUAGCUCAGAUUUCUAUUCGUUGUCGUAAUUCAUCAUUGGGUUGUACAGAAAUUCUUUUAUAUGAUUUAUUAGAACAACAUGAAUGUAUCGAUUGCCAUUUUCGUACAAAAAAAUGUCGUUUAUGUGAACAAAUUAUACUUAUAAAAGAUAUUGAUCAACAUAAAAAUAUAUGUAAACCUAUUGCAAUACAAUGUAAUGUCUGUCAAUAUUCUAUUCAAAAUGAAGAUUAUAUUGAAUCCUUUACUUUUUCAAAUCAAACAAUAUUAUCACCCAUAUCUGUGGUUAAUUUCCCAGGAAUAGAAUUAUUCAAUCAAGCACGUGGAAAAAAUUGUUUUUAUCGAUUCUAUGCAAUGUUUCAAUUGAUUAUGGAACUUAGGAAACUUAAAUUAUUUUAA